AUGAAGCCAUUAAAAUUCAUCAUUCGAUUUUUAAGUGAUUGCUUUGCAUCAGAUCCAUUUCCACGUCCCAAUGAAUCCAAUCUUGCUUUCAUGGUUUGUGUAAUUAAAAUUAAAGUUCGUUCUAGUGGUUGGCAAAAGGCAGUCAACAGAGUAUUGAGAAGCACUAACGGAGUUCGUCAAUUCAAAUUGUCAGAAGGUGGAAAAGUAACAGUAUCAGGGAUUGUAGAUCCAAUUCUGUUAAUGAAAAAUUUAGCUAAAUCUGGCAAAUCUGCAGAAUUAGAAUGGAUUCAAUAUGGUCAAUGUUCAAGCAAUUUGUUUCUUCCUCCACAACCUCCAAAACCCCCAAUUAAUGGAUUCUCAAAUCAAGGACCGUUUCGUAAUUUCAAUCACUCCAGGUUUGCUCUGCCCCAGCACGGCGGAUACUACGGCCUACCUCCGCCGCCUCCGCCACCCUACCCACCUUAUCCCAUGGCCGCGCCGCCGCCGGUGUUUUAUUAGUCUGAUUCUACAGAAGGGCAUAUAAGUAA